AUGGCCCCGCCCGCCGUCCGCCUCCACGAUAUCGCCCGUAUUGCCAAUCUUACCGAUUACGAAACGUUAACUGGAGGCCGUCUUAUCGUUGUCGGUGAUAUCCACGGCCUGAUUAGGCCGCUCAAACGGUUGAUGGCCAAAGUUCAAUUUGACCCUAACCGCGAUAAAUUGGUGCUGCUUGGCGAUUUUAUCACUAAAGGAGAAGACCUGAUUGCCGUGCUUGACUAUUUAAUUGAUAACCGGGCUGAAUGCGUGUUGGGUAACCACGAAUACUCGGUGCUUGAGCUUUACACGGAGUACUGGAAAUUGCCGCCACCUCACUUCUCGGGAGUUGACGAUGAUCACGCCCAGGUUGAAGGGCGUAAACUGGAAUUGAAGCUUGCUAAAAGACUCAGACCCCGCCACAUUAAGUUCAUCAAUCUGUGCUCGGUGAUCAAGCGGUUGGGGACGUUGGCGCUGGGGUACCCGGCCAUCGCCGUCCACGCCGGUGUCCGUCCCGAUUUACCCUUGGACCAACAACCUCCUAAUGAAAACUUGGAGAUGCGGGCGUUGCUCAAACCUGACUAUAAACGGCUGACGAGCGACACUGAUGCUGAAGGGGCCGUCGCCUGGCUGAAGAUCUACAAUAAGCAAAUGAAGCUGGAGCCGAAAUCGCAGCGCACGGUGGUAUUUUAUGGCCACCACGCUGCGGCAGGGCUCAAGUUGAAGAAGUACACUAGGGGGCUUGAUACUGGGUGUGCUAAAGGCGGCCAAUUGACGGCGAUGGUGAUUGAUCAUGGCGUCGAAGAAUUGGUUCAAGUGGAUUGUUAA